GAGAGAGGCGAUACGAGGACAGUAAUAGCUGACUGCUACAGCUGUGUGGAUGUUGGCUGUAUAACAAAAAAAAAAAAAAAACUAUUCUCAUUUUUAAUCUGUGAUCAUCGGACUCAUUACAAUGAAGAUAAAAUCGGAGCUACUGACGCAACCGACGGAAGAGUUAUCUAAGGAAAUAAGGAUCGAAUUGAAUGAAAAUAUCAAUACAAGAGACCGUGAUCUAGCCGCGAUCAAGGAAUGGCUCAGGAAAGAACCACAUCUGCCUAACGAAUGGGAGGACAAUCCUCUGAUGACGUUUCUCCGUGGGAGCAGUUUCUCCUUGGAGAAGUGCAAGCGUAAGCUGGACAUGUACUUCACAAUGCGUGCCGCUUGCCCGGAAUUUUUCACGAACAGAGAUGCUUCAAGCCCUGCGUUAAGAGAAAUCCUUAAAAGUAAACUUCAAGGCCCAGCCUUACCAGGGGUCACCCCAAAUGGCAGACGAGUCACAAUAUGUCGUGGCCUUCAUCCAAGUCUCGACUCCCAACAAAUCACCGACACCUUGAAGCUGGCUCUAAUGAUUGGUGACGUCAGACUCGUGGAGGAAGUCGUGGGUGUUGCUGGUGAUAUCUAUGUGCUGGAUGGUGCGGUGCUGGGACCGAGCCUGCUGGCCAGGCUGUCACCGUCCAUUAUCAAGAAAUUCAUGAUUUGUGUUCAGGAAGCAUACCCAGUAAAACUAAAGGAAGUCCACAUUAUAAAUACAUCACCGAUCGUGGAGAGAUUUGUCAAUUUAGUGAAACCGUUCCUGAAAGAGAAGAUCAGGAAACGAAUUUUCAUUCACAAAGAAGUAAAAGAUCUGUACAAGUACGUUCCUCAAGAGAUGCUGCCGAAGGAGUACGGCGGCCAAUGUGGAACUAUGGACGAACUUCAAGAGAGAUGGACUGAGAAGCUAAUAGAAUACAGGGAUUGGUUCAAGUUGCAAGAUGCUCUAAUCGCAAACGAAAGCCUCCGACCUGGGAAGCCGACCAACUAUGAUGAACUCUUCGGCAUCGAUGGCUCCUUCAGGCAGCUUGCUAUCGACUGAUUCUCAAAAUUUUUGACCGACAUUUAAAUAAGUAUCAAUUAAAAUUAUAGUAUAUCUCGCUGAUUUUUACAUGUAGAGCCGUUUACUUCAAUCAGUUGUCCUGCAUGCAAGAAGAUGCAUUAAAAGAUUAUAAAUUUUCCUAAGGUUUUUGCUAAACUAAAUCGACAUCACCUUAUCUCCCUGAAGAAUGGCCUAGUACUAAAAAUCGAUACAGAAACCAUUCAUACGAUACGGUAUCUGUCAUACGAUACGAUUUAUCGUAUCGGACAGCAAAUGCAAAAAUGUGUCGUUAUUUUGUGACAUCAACGUUACGAUAGCUGUAAGAGUUAUUAUGUAGGAGCAAAAUUGAAACUCGAUUGUUAAAUGUCAAAAAUGAUACCCUAUCGUGACGUCAAUGGGACAACUUAACGUGGUCUAGUAAUAUACCUCAAAUUAUCUUUAAUUGCGUAGGAUUAUAUCGAUAUGUUUAAAUGUAAUUGUUAAGUUAGAUUAAAUUUUAUUUCAAAUUAAAAUGGUGUAAUGUUUAUAAUCUAAGCGGACUGUAACUGUCUAAUACAAAUUACCUUUGAAAUAUUAAAAUUUAUGUAUAAAAAUGUGAUUGU